AAAGAGGCACAGGCGCUGGCCGCGGAUUCGGUAACGAUUCCUUCCGCAGGCGUUUCUGCCGCGGCUCCGCAGCGCUCGGCCCCGGGCUGCCCCGGACGCGCACGGCUGUAGGGUGCGGUCGCCUCACCUCCCCCCUCUCGCCGCCCCCUCCCCACCUCGCCCAAGGGGGCCGGAACGGCGUCGGCGCGCGGGGGCUUUUCGGAGCAGUCGAGUGGAAAAUAGACUUUAACCCGCUUUGUGGCGACGAGGGCGCCCGAAGCGCUCUCCCGGACCAGGGCUCCCGGCGCUCAGGCGGGCCACUCCCAAGACCCGGCCUGGAGUCCCUGCAGAGUCACGCGGCACGCGGAACCCCUGGUCUCGGGGCGCCGGCAGGCCCGGCCCGGAUCUGCGCACCCGGCCGUGGCCGCGCCGCCCCGACUGACCCCGGCGGCGGCGCGGAAGCGGAGCGCGCUGCGGUCCCCUCCUUGCAGUGCGCUGGCAGGGUCCGGGUCCCAGCCUCCCCACCACCGCCCAGCGCCCUCCUAGGCCUCGGUGCGGUGUUUCCAGCGGCCUGGAAGGCCCCGGUGAAAAAGUUUGCGGAGUACUGGUUCUCCUCACCCUCUCACCCCCAGGAAAUUAUUGCAAGAAAUGGAAACCUGACGGAGCAGAGUCGUCCGCUGCUCCGCGGUCGCAGGUGGAAGGUGAGGGUCAGGGGAGGCCAGGCGGCUGCUGCGUUCCCGGGAUGGCUGGUGUGUGUAUUCUUGGAGGAAGGGUCGACUUGCUCGGCCAGCUCCAAGUUAAGGCCCGAGGCCCGGGCCCGGCCCGGCCCGCCUGCACCUGAGCCCCACGACGAAAGAAGGCGAGGAAAGCAGCAGAUCGCCCUGCGCUGAGGCCCGCCGUCCUGGUGCGAGCAGAGCGCGGCCGCCGUGGCUGGGCCAAGGAGGUGCUUCCGAACCCGGAUUUGCGGCUUGAGGUCUGCAAAGUGACCACUCCGGCGACUCCUCUCGCGCUGUCCCCGGCCUGGCCCCUUGUGAAAAGAACUGGGCGUCCCCUUUCUGGAGCUGUCCCCCGCAACACUCAGAAAACGCGAAGCCUCACGAACAAGGCCGCGGCUUUCAGACCGCGGCCCAGGAGACAGACGGUGGGUGAGCGGGAGGGCCCGGGAGGCCAGGGGAGCAGUGCCCUGGUUAUCGGAGCACGUAUUUACUGGGCAAAAAACACCCUCCCUCCACUCGGAUCCAAGUUGUCUGAGAACUGAAACGACAUCCCAGGAUGAAUUGGAGAGGGUUCAACUGAGUUACACAUCGGGAAGUGGGGUUGGAGUUUCUCCCAAGCCCCAGGCCCCUCGGACGCCUUCUUCGGGUCCCGCGUGGGCUGAGACGGUUGGGGAGGUCGCCAGACUCAGCUGAAAGGGCAGAGACGCGAAGAGAAGCCUGUGGCGAGGGGCGGGUGGGGGGUGGGGGGAGGCCUAGAUAGCCCGGCAAAGGCUCCAGUCCGCUUUUUGCCUCCGACUGCUGGCUCCUUCCCCACCCGCCGUCCCUCGCCCCGCCCCGCCCCGCCCCCCACCUUGGGGCAGGUGAGCGGCGGCCAAUGGGCGAGCGCGGGGCAGGUGCCGGCUAACUCGCGCCUCGCAGCGCAGCGGCCGAGGCUGAGCUGGGCAGUGCUGGGAGGACCAGGGGCGGGGGUCUGUCCUGGCUGGACUCGGGAGGGAGGGGGCCGGGCUCAGCCCCCAGGCCGUAGAGGCAGCUCGCAGCAUCGCACGGAACCCGCGCCAGUGCCCGCGCCCGGAGCUGCCCGCUCGGCCCCAGAGGCCGGCGCGCCUAGCUGCGCGCCGUGGCCCGACUCCGCGUUCGCUCGCUCUCACGCCCCUCGCCUCUCCGCGCCUGGCUCGCCGGCAGGGUCUGAGCGCGGGCGGGCGGGCGGGGGAGGUGAGGGGUGCUGGUGUGUGUGCAUGUGCCUGGCUGGGUGCACACCCCGCACGGCGGCGGCGCCAGGACGCGGAGCGCUCCCCGGAGCCCGGCUGCCUCGCUCGGCUCUGGCGACCGCGACCAUGUUCCAGCCCACAGCCAAGCGCGGCUUUACCAUCGAGUCCUUGGUAGCCAAGGACGGCGGCACCGGCGGGGGCUCUGGCGGCGGGGGCGCCGGCUCCCAUCCCCUGGCGGCGGCCGCCUCGGAGGAGCCACUCCGGCCCACGGCGCUCAAUUACCCUCACCCCGGCGCGGCCGAGGCGGCCUUCGUGAGCGGCUUCCCCGCUGCCGCCGCCGCCGCCGCCGCCGCCGCGGGCGCCGGUCGCUCGCUAUACGGUGGGCCCGAGCUUGUGUUCCCCGAGGCCAUGAACCACCCCGCGCUGACCGUGCACCCGGCGCACCAGCUGGGCGCCUCCCCGCUGCAGCCCCCGCACUCCUUCUUCGGCGCCCAGCACCGGGACCCUCUGCACUUCUACCCCUGGGUCCUGCGGAACCGCUUCUUCGGCCACCGCUUCCAGGCGAGCGACGUGCCCCAGGACGGGCUGCUGCUGCACGGCCCCUUCGCGCGCAAGCCCAAGCGGAUCCGCACGGCCUUCUCGCCCUCGCAGCUCCUGCGGCUGGAGCGCGCCUUCGAGAAGAACCACUACGUGGUGGGCGCCGAGCGGAAGCAACUGGCCGGCAGCCUCAGCCUCUCGGAGACGCAGGUGAAGGUGUGGUUCCAGAACCGGAGGACAAAGUACAAGCGGCAGAAGCUGGAAGAAGAGGGGCCUGAGUCCGAGCAGAAGAAGAAGGGCUCCCACCACAUCAACCGGUGGCGCAUCGCCACGAAGCAGGCCAACGGGGAGGACAUCGAUGUCACCUCCAAUGACUAGGGUGGGCAGCCACGGAUCCACGAGGGCAGAGCAUCUGCUCGCUGCUGGCCAGGACCCCGGGUGGGCCCUGCUAGACUCUGGCCGCUCCCCCGCCAGGCUUCGGGGAGGCCUCGAGUCACGGCCCCACAGGGCUCGGAGCCUGGGGCCACCACUGACAGAGGGACAAGAAAUGGGCUGGCUGAGGCCUGGGACUCCUCCACCUCUUCCUCAGAGAGCCCGCCUGCGUGGGCAGGCCGCCGGCCACAGCCACUCUCCACUUCUCUUAUCUCCUGCGUUUCUGUUUUAAUUUAUUUUCCAGGCACCCGCUGUAGUUCUUAGUGA